UUUGACUAUUGUCUAUCUCUUUUUAGAAGAUUUUUCUAGAUAUCAUUUGACUUUGACGUUUCUGACAGUUCGAUCAAAAUAAAUUCGAUCUCGGGAGUGUUUAUUUUAUAAAAUAAAUCCAAGAACAUCUCAAUUAUAUAACGUAAUUUGUGAAACUUUUACAAGAAAAAAUCGAAAAUGACCGCUCCUGCUGCCGGUGGAGAUGCAAGAGGAAGAACUCUCGCUUACAAAGACAAAAGCAAACCCGCCGAUGUCCGAACAAGUAACAUUAACGCCGCUAAGGCUGUCUGCGAUGCAAUUCGUACUAGUUUGGGGCCAAGAGGAAUGGAUAAAAUGAUACAAGCUGGUAACGGAGAAGUGACUAUUACCAACGAUGGGGCAACGAUUUUAAAACAAAUCAACGUUAUCCACCCUGCAGCAAAAAUGUUGGUAGAACUGUCGAGAGCUCAAGAUAUCGAAGCUGGUGACGGUACAACCUCCGUUGUGGUCAUUGCCGGAGCCCUUUUAGACGCUGCAGAAAAGUUGCUACAAAGGGGAAUCCAUCCAACGGCUAUUUCGGAGUCUUUCCAGAGGGCUGCCCAUUUGGCUGUCGAGAUUCUACAAGAAAUUUCUACACCGGUAGAAAUCACUAACAGGGAGUUGUUAAUCAAGAGUGCGUCCACCUCUUUGAAUUCCAAAGUUGUAUCUCAACAGUCGAGUCUCUUAGGGCCUUUGGCAGUUGAUGCUGUUCUUAAAAUUGUCGAACCAGGACAGGAACAAGCGUGUAACUUGGUAGACGUGAAAGUUAUUAAGCAAUUGGGCGGUACCGUGGAAGAUACCGAGUUGAUUGAGGGUAUCGUUUUCUCUCAGAGAUCCGCCAAUGUAUCCGGUCCGAAGAGAAUCGAAAAAGCCAAGAUUGGUUUUAUACAAUUCUGCAUUUCUCCUCCGAAAACCGACAUGGACCACAAUGUUAUCGUAUCCGAUUACGCUGCGAUGGAUCGAGUGUUGAAGGAGGAAAGAGCGUACAUUUUGAACAUUGUUAAACAGAUUAAGAAAGCCGGCUGUAACGUACUUUUGGUUCAGAAAUCGAUUCUCAGAGAUGCCGUAUCCGAUUUGGCCCUUCACUUUUUGGAUAAAAUAAAGUGCAUGGUUAUUAAGGAUGUCGAACGAGAAGACGUGGAGUUUGUGUGCAAAUCGUUGGCUUGCAGACCAAUCGCUUCUCUCGAUCACUUCACCGCUGAAAAUUUAGUAACUGCAGAUUUAGUCGAAGAAGUUGGACUAGGCGGUAACCGAAUGGUGAAAGUCACAGGUAUUCAAAAUGCCGGACGUACGGUGACCCUACUAGUGAGAGGCUCGAAUAAAUUAGUAUUAGAGGAGGCGGAAAGGUCUCUGCAUGAUGCUCUGUGCGUCAUCCGUUGUCUCGUUCGUAAGAAGGCGCUCAUCGCCGGCGGUGGAGCACCGGAAAUCGAGGUGGCUCUUAAACUGGCUGCUAUGGCUAAUAAGUUGGAGGGCAUCGAUGCUAUUUGCACCAGAGCUUAUGCUACCGCUUUGGAAAUUAUACCGUUUACUUUGGCGGAGAAUGCUGGAUUGAAUCCUAUACAGACGGUUACUGAAUUGAGGAAUAGACAUGCUAAAGGUGAAACUUCGGCUGGUAUUAAUGUUCGUAAGGGCACUAUUACAGACAUUUUGGAAGAAAAUGUUGUACAACCGCUGUUAGUUAGCACAUCUGCUUUGAGCUUCGCCACCGAAACCGUCAGGUCCAUAUUAAAAAUUGAUGACAUUGUAAUGGAAAGAGAAACGAAAAGAAAUUUUUAAUGCAGUUUUCUAAAUAAAAAAUAAAACAGUAAAAGCAUGAAAUUACUGGCAAGUAUCGCCUUUUUUUCGAAUAAAUUAUUACAACUACUUUUAUUUUUUCAGGUGAACACAGUAACAUAAUUACUACGCGACGGUAGUAUUUUGUUAAAGCGCUUUUUUUAAUACUUUCCAGUUCAUUUCUCAUAACAUGUAAUUAUUUAAUAAAACUUAACACUAAAUAUUUACUCUAUUUUUUUUAUAUUUUUUAAGAUGCAUCAUUUUCUAAAAUACCGUUUUGAUUUAAUGUAACGGCUGGUAAUAAAAACAAAAAAAAUUCGUAACUCAUUCAGAAUAUUCUUAUACUAUUUAAGUAAACAUUUGAGAAUGUUAACAACUAAAUAAAAUUAACGCCUUUAAUAAUUUCAAAAUCACUCUUUAGCUUUCAAUUGGUUUAGAAUUUGAUCCGAUACUACUUUAGUGGCUUUAUCGGCAUUUGGUAUUAAAAACCUAUCCAUAUCGGAUAUCUUCAAAUUUUCCCCAUCUGGCACGCCGUACUUAAAUGUAAUCAACUCCGGGUGUCGCUUCCUCGCCGUUAUCUUAACAAUGGCCGAUAAGGGCCUUUUGACGAUAAUUUCCCCGGAACCUUUUAUAUCCGGAAUCUCCCUAAGUACAAUCAGCUCCGAGUUGGUAACCAGCAAGUGACUUUUAUACAUGAAUCCGUUGAGUUUCACCUCUUGGCACGGGAAAUGCUCGAUUAUUUCGGGUUUCUUUAUGUACGAUUGAAUUUGGACUAGUUCCUGGUUGUCUUCCAGUUCGGUACGCUAAAAUAAUCGAAACGUUAAGUAUCCAUACGAUUAAUAUAACCAACUGUUCUUACUUCAUCGGUAACACCAUCGUUAUCAUCGUCUAUGCUGAACACCGGCGUAACAUCGCGAUACCUUUUUCCUAUUUUAUCGCUACUGGACACGUGUCUUUCUUGCGUAGGACUCGCGUUCGGGUUUACGAUAUAAUCGAUCAAUCUCCCUUUGACCUCCGCCGACUUCGAUUUCAUGGCCGCCGAUAUUUUCCCGAAUAAAUCCUGCGAUUGAGACGGCUUCUGGUUGGCUUGCGAGACAUUCGAGACGUAUUUCGGGGCGCACACGAUGCAGCACUUCGGAUUGUGGUCUUGCAAAAAUUCGUCGAUACUAUCCGAAAAGUAAUUGUGUACAGCCAUGUAACCCCCGUCCAACAGAGACACGUAUUGGGUGUGUUUCUGGAGAAACGACGCGACCACCAUGUGAGUGUACUGGUCCUCUUCGUUCCGA